UAUUUAUUAUUGUAUAGUCUGUGUUAAGGUGUCUUCACCAUCAAGAUAACAAUUUAUGAAAUAUAUAAAAUUCUAAAGCUGUGAUUUUAAAUCAUAUUAUUAAUAAUUAUAUAUACUUCAGCAACGUUUAUUAUAAACAAGAUGAGUACGAAAUAUGCACAAACUGAAUUAAAAAUUCGUCGUGCUGAAAAAGAUGAUAUGAUUGCUGUAGCUGAAAUGAUUCAAGAGCUUGCAGAUUUUGAAAAAAUGUCAGACGGGCCAAAGAUAUGCGUGAAAGAUUUACAACGUGACGGGUUUGAAUCACAGCCACCUGCAUUUCGAUGUCUUGUAGCAGAACUAUCUAAAGGAGAAAGUGUUGUAAUAGUGGGCUAUGCACUUUAUUUCCCGACAUAUUCAACAUGGGAGGGCCGAUCUAUGAUGUUGGAGGAUUUAUAUGUCCGAACAAGUGAGCGCCGUCGCGGAAUUGGUCAUAAAUUAUUUAAUGCUGUUGCCAAAGAGGCCAUCGCUUCAGGUUCUUCUAGAUUAGACUUUCAUGUAUUAGAAUGGAAUGAUGCAAGGACCUUCUACGAAGGUAAGGGUGCUGUUAACUUGACCAACUCGGAGAAGUGGUGUUACUAUCGCCUCACAGGUGAACAAUUGGCAGUAUCUGCACAAUUAGGAGAAAUGAAAUGAAACCAGAUUGUCAGUGCAUCAAUAUAUUGAUAUAGAUAUAAUUUUACAUAUUUACUCAAAAUAUUCACAACUAAUGGGAGAUCUUGUUUGAAAUUUUGUAAAUUGUUAAAAUAAAGUUUUGCAAAAUGCA